UUUAUUUUGAAAGAAAGGCUACUGAACAUACACUGUACCUAUAAAUUGUAGCCACUUUAACGAAGACUUGCAUGUGAUAAUGUCAUCUUUCGUAUUUUCAAAAAUAAAGUUGAAUUUAUGUAGACACCCUAAAAUCUACUAGCGACAAAUGUAUUCGUCUCCACCUGGCUUUUAAAAGUGUCAACCACGAAUAUGACCAUAAAACAUUUAGCUGCGCCAAAAUUGGCGGUGUUUUGAUAUCCCACGUGGAAUAUUGUCCCACAAGCAGAACAACAACCGACCAGGCGAGUGUUUCUUGCGGAACAUUUAACAUGUCGUACCAAACAUUCCGCGAGAAAAAAACGGGAAGCCAUUUUAGUAAGAUGUGACAAGUGUCAGGGAGGAUAAUGUGCAUUUGACUGCAGAGAGAGGAGAUGAUGCUCCCUGCCAGAUUAACUUCUCAAGUCAUUCUGAACACCUGGAGGCUGCGUCACCAUGGGACCUGCUACUCCAACCUCCCUAGCCUCUCCAGCAAUUACCUGAACAAUCAGAGAAAAAACGCAGCCUCUACCCACCACCCAGAAAAUAGCCCGCAAUCAUGGUUGUUAAAUCCACCAACCAGACUUGAUGCCACCAGGAAAAGACUGUUUAGCCUGUCAGCGGCUGGGAUUGUCAACUCUGCCCCAGCGCCCAUGCAACCCUACCUCAGAUUAAUGAGACUUGACAAACCAAUCGGAACAUGGUUGUUGUACCUGCCUUGCACUUGGAGCAUCGGCCUGGCUGCAGACCCAGGCUGCCUCCCACAUCUGGGCAUGCUCACGUUAUUCGGCACGGGGGCCCUGCUGAUGAGAGGGGCUGGCUGCAUCAUCAAUGACAUGUGGGACAAGGACUUUGACAAGAAGGUUGCCAGGACAGCUACUCGGCCAAUUGCUGCAGGGGAGAUCACUCAGAUGCAGGCCCUAGUCUUCUUGGGGGGUCAGCUUUCUCUGGCAUUGGGGGUCCUGCUUUGUCUCAAUUAUUACAGUAUAGCUCUUGGAGCUGCUUCCCUAUCUUUGGUAGUCACAUAUCCACUAAUGAAGAGGAUCACCUACUGGCCACAGCUUGUAUUGGGACUGACCUUCAAUUGGGGAGCACUGCUUGGUUGGUCAGCGGUCAUAGGCUCCUGUGAGUGGUCGGUGUGCCUACCUCUGUAUUUCUCAGGAGUGAUGUGGACAUUAAUUUAUGACACCAUCUAUGCCCAUCAGGACAAAGAUGACGACAUCAGGGUAGGAAUCAAGUCUACAGCAUUGAGGUUCCAGGAGCAGACCAAGCCUUGGCUCAGUGGGUUCAUGGUGGCCAUGAUGUCUGGGCUGAUUGUGGCUGGGGUCAACGCAGAACAGACUCUGCCUUACUAUGCAACACUGUCAACUGUGGCUAUUCACCUCACACAUCAGAUCUACACAUUGGACAUCAACAAACCAGAGGACUGCUGGAAAAAAUUUGUUUCAAACAGAAACCUUGGACUACUCCUGUUCUUAGGAAUAGUCUGUGGAAACUUGUGGAAAGAACGAAGAGACACUUCAUUGCAAAAUGAUUAACUAGCGGUACAAUGAACUUCUCAGAACACAAGAUUUACAUUCUAGUGUGCAGAGGACAUUCUAGUUAUUUAGUAGUACACUACCCAUUAUUUUGUAAGUCUUGACCGUAUUGGGUUUUGUCUCCUAAUAAAGCUCAUGUUAAGCUCUGGCUUCUAUGAAAAUCUAUGUCAAGAACAACUAAUCAACUAUAAUUCAAACAGCCC